UUUUUCCCAUUUUUUGAAUGUGUGCGAGCGAGACAACAACUCGCUAGUUUGCCGUGUAGUGACGGCGGCAUCAAUUUCUGAAUUAAUUACCAUUUGUCGCAAAAACUGCGCGUCCUUUAUCUUUUCUAGACCAAAAUCUUUAAUCUUAUUGCAGGUUGUGUUUAUUAGUGAUCUAAAUGGCAUCGGAUGAUGAAGUAGACGGUUCUUUCGCAGGCGACGAGGACGUGGAGGAAGGUGAGGGUCAAAAUGAGAACUCUGGAGAGAGUGAUGAAGCACCACCAAAGGAGGAUGAAGACUAUUCACCCGAAGAUGGUAGAAAGAAGAAAAAGGGAAAGAAAAGGAAAGCCCGAGGAGAAGAGAAGAAGGGCAGAAAGAAAAAGAAGAAGCGUAAGAAUGAAAGUGAAGAGAAAUCCAGAAAGGGCAGGGGAAGUAAGCACAGCACCCCUGUUGCAACUGCUGCCUCUGAUUCGGGAUCCAUAGGUAUGCCAACAGUGGAAGAGGUGUGCUCAUCAUUCGGGCUCUCUGAUGUGGACAUACAGUAUUCCGACGCGGACCUCGAGAAUUUGACCUCCUACAAGCUAUUCCAGCAACAUGUGAGGCCAUUACUCGUCAAGGAGAAUCCUAAGGUCCCUGUAUCGAAACUGAUGAUGUUGGUCGCGGCGAAAUGGCGUCUAUUCUGUGAGACCAACCCACACCUGAGCAGUGGUACCCCAGCCAUGGGAUCCGAGGACAAUACUAACACUUCCACUACUUCAGACUAUGUGCCCAAACCUGGCAGGCCUGGACGUACUCCUAAAGAAGUUAAGAAUGAAGAGGUAAUAGAGGAACCAGAGGAAGAGGAGGAAGAAGAACAGAGUGACGAAGGUGCAGCGGCUCCUCGUAAGAGGGGACGUAAGCCGAAGCAUGGCAACACUCCCGCUACGCCGCGCGGGAAGCCAGGCCGCAAGCCUAAAGUGCCCACGCUGAAGAUCAAAUUCAGCAAGCGGAAGAGGACUAGCAGUGAGGAAGACCAGGAAGGUAGUGCUGUAAACUCUGACUCGGAUGCGGAGUUUGAGCAGAUGUUGGCGGAGGCCGACGAGCCAAAGCCAGCCGCUGCAGCAGCUGAGGACGGAGCGCCGCAGAAGGAAGAUGAUCCAGCUGUGCCGCAACCCAAAAAGAAGGCAAAGACCAAGAUUGGUAAUAAGAGCAAAAAGAAGAAGAAAUUGAAGACUACAAAUAAAUUCCCUGAUGGUGCAGAGGGAGAACAUGAACACCAGGAUUAUUGUGAGGUGUGUCAACAAGGUGGUGAGAUUAUCCUAUGUGAUACUUGCCCCCGAGCAUACCACUUGGUAUGUCUCGAACCAGAACUGGAGGAGACUCCUGAGGGACGCUGGUCUUGUCCACAUUGCGAGGCUGAGGGCAACCAGGACCAGGAAGAUGAUGAUGAGCAUCAGGAGUUUUGCAGAAUCUGCAAGGAUGGUGGUGAACUAUUGUGCUGUGACUCUUGCCCUUCAGCUUACCAUCGGUUCUGUCUCAACCCACCGCUUGAGGAGGUGCCGGACGGAGAGUGGAAGUGUCCUAGAUGUAGUUGUCCACCGUUAGACGGGAAAGUGGCGAAGAUAUUAACAUGGCGAUGGAAGGAACAGUCGGCCAAGUCGAAGGCUCCUCGUUCACGAGAGUUCUUCGUCAAGUGGCACGAUAGGUCCUACUGGCAUUGCAGCUGGAUUUCUGAACUACAGUUGGACGUGUUCCACCCGCUUAUGUACCGGUAUUACAUGCGGAAGUCAGACCUGGAGGAGCCACCUAAACUAGAGGAGCCUUUGGAUGAACGUGACGGACGAGUCAAGAGGCUCCGGGACAAGCAGGAUCAGGAUGCUGAUGAGAAAUUACUUGAGGAGAAGUAUUACAGAUAUGGCGUGAAGCCGGAGUGGUUGGUCGUGCACCGAGUGAUCAAUCACCGCACGUCGCGCGACGGGACCACGUUUUACCUCGUCAAGUGGAGGGAUCUGUCAUACGACCAGGCCACAUGGGAGUCUGAGAAUGCAGACAUUGCUGGCCUCAAGAAUGCCAUUGAAUAUUAUCAGGAUAUGCGAGCCUACAUUACUUCUGAAGGCAAGACAAAGGGAACUAAAGGGAAGAAGGCAGGACGUAAGAGUAAGAACAAGGACAUAAUAGAUGAGGACGACAGUAGCGGCGCUCUGCAGAUGAAACCGAAGAAAUACAACCCACCGCCAGACCGCCCCACCACUAACCUCAACAAGAAGUACGAAGACCAGCCACCAUUUGUAUAUGAAACUGGCAUGCAGCUCCAUCCAUAUCAGUUGGAAGGUCUCAACUGGUUGCGGUACUCCUGGGGACAAGGCAUCGACACUAUUCUUGCCGACGAGAUGGGUCUCGGAAAAACUAUUCAAACUGUCACAUUCCUUUACUCUCUAUUCAAGGAAGGACACUGCAAGGGCCCCUUCCUUGUAUCAGUACCUCUCUCCACUAUCAUCAACUGGGAGAGAGAGUUCGAAUUGUGGGCCCCUGAUCUCUAUUGUAUUACAUACGUCGGCGAUAAAGACUCCAGGGCCGUCAUCAGAGAAAAUGAACUGACUUUCGAUGAUGGCGCCAACAGGGGCGGUCGACCUUCUAAGAUCAAGUCCCAAGUUAAAUUCAACGUACUUCUAACAUCCUACGAGUUGAUAUCUAUUGACGCUACCUGCCUGGGGUCUAUAGAAUGGUCGGUGCUAGUGGUAGACGAGGCGCACAGACUCAAGAGUAAUCAGUCAAAGUUCUUCAGGCUGUUGGCUGGUUACCACAUCAACUACAAACUACUACUUACUGGAACACCAUUACAGAACAAUUUGGAAGAAUUGUUCCAUCUGCUAAAUUUCUUAAAUAAAGACAAAUUCAAUGAUCUCGCCGCAUUCCAGAAUGAAUUUGCCGACGUGUCUAAGGAAGAGCAGGUGAAGAGGCUUCACGAGAUGUUGGGUCCGCACAUGCUGCGACGUCUCAAGGCUGAUGUACUCAAGAACAUGCCUACCAAAUCAGAGUUUAUUGUGCGAGUAGAGUUAUCACCCAUGCAGAAGAAGUACUACAAGUAUAUUCUGACGAGGAACUACGAGGCCUUGAACCCCAAGAGCGGUGGACAAACUGUCUCACUACUUAACGUCAUGAUGGAUCUAAAGAAGUGCUGUAAUCAUCCUUACCUGUUCCCGGUGGCAGCCGAGGAAGCUCCGCUUGGCCCUCACGGAAACUAUGAUACACAGGCUUUAGUCAAGGCGUCGGGCAAACUAGUUCUCAUGUCAAAAAUGUUGAGGCAACUCAAGGAACAAGGACACAGAGUGCUAAUCUUCUCUCAGAUGACAAAAAUGUUGGACAUCCUCGAAGAUUUCUUGGAGGGAGAAGGUUAUAAAUAUGAAAGAAUUGACGGCGGUAUUACCGGUACAAUCCGUCAGGAAGCUAUUGACAGGUUCAAUGCACCUGGCGCACAACAGUUUGUGUUCUUACUGUCGACUCGGGCUGGUGGUCUGGGUAUUAACUUGGCCACAGCCGACACUGUCAUCAUUUAUGACUCCGACUGGAAUCCCCACAACGACAUCCAGGCGUUCUCGCGUGCGCAUCGUAUCGGUCAGGCCAAUAAGGUCAUGAUCUACCGUUUCGUAACGCGCAACAGUGUCGAGGAGAGAGUUACACAGGUAGCUAAAAGGAAAAUGAUGUUGACUCACUUGGUCGUACGGCCAGGAAUGGGCGGUAAAGGCGCUAACUUUACUAAACAAGAAUUGGACGACAUCUUGAGGUUUGGUACUGAGGAAUUGUUCAAAGAAGAAGAAGGAAAAGAGGAAGCUAUUCAUUACGACGAUAAGGCUGUCGGAGAGCUGUUAGAUCGUUCCAAGGAAGGUAUAGAACAGAAAGAAUCGUGGGCCAAUGAGUACCUUAGUUCGUUCAAAGUUGCUAGUUAUUCAACAAAGGAAGGUGACGGCGAGGAAGAAGUGGACACGGAAAUCAUUAAACAAGAAGCUGAGAACACCGACCCCGCGUACUGGAUCAAACUGCUCAGGCAUCAUUACGAACAGCAUCAAGAAGACCAGGCCAGAACUCUGGGCAAAGGCAAGCGAGUACGCAAACAGGUCAACUAUAACGAUGGUAUCGUCGCACAAACAGAGAACAGGGAGGAUAGUACGUGGCAGGAGAACGGCUCGGACUACAACUCCGACUUCUCCCAGGGCAGCGAGGACGACAAGGAGGAUGAUGACUUCGAUGAGAAGAACGACAACGGCGAGCUCCUCAGCCGGCGCAGCAAGCGACGCCUCGAGCGACGCGACGAGCGCGACCGGCCGCUGCCGCCGCUACUGGCGCGCGUCGGGGGGAACAUGGAGGUGCUCGGCUUCAACGCGCGACAGCGCAAGUCCUUCCUCAACGCCAUCAUGCGGUAUGGCAUGCCGCCGCAGGACGCGUUCAACUCGCAGUGGCUCGUACGUGAUCUCCGGGGCAAGUCCGAACGGAACUUCAAGGCCUACGUCUCGCUCUUUAUGAGGCAUCUCUGCGAGCCCGGGGCUGAUAACGCCGAGAACUUCGCUGACGGCGUACCGAGAGAGGGCUUGUCCAGGCAACACGUGUUGACGCGAAUCGGAGUGAUGAGUUUAAUUAGGAAGAAAGUGCAAGAAUUCGAACAUAUUAAUGGGUAUUACAGUAUGCCAGAGAUGAUUCGCAAGCCUGUGGAACCUGUGAAGUCGACUACGGGAGAGAGUGCGGCGCCGUCCCCCGCGCCUUCCACGGCGACACCGAUCACGUCGGCCGCACCCUCCCCGGCACCUACACAGGUUGCUCAGACGUUAGGACAGGCUGCUACUCCUGGUGGCUCUGAGAAAGACGACAAAGAAGAGAUUAAAGAGGAAAAAUCAGAAAAGGAUGUCAAAGAAAAAGACGAGCCGAUGGAUACAAGUGACAUCAAAGAAGAAACUGUAGAUGAAAAAGAAUCACCUAAAGAUAAAUCAGAGGACAGUAAGGAUGGCGAGAGACGCAUGUCGGUGGACGAGGAGCCCAAGGACGACGAGAAGUCAAAUGACAAGAAAGAGGAAAAGGAACUGAAGGUCAAGGAAGACAAGGACGAUGUAGAUAAGAAAGAAGACGCUAAGAGUGAUAAGGCCGAGUCAGAGGCAUCUGAGAAGCCCAAGGAUGAAAAGAAGGAUGAUGACGACGACGACGUAGUACUAGUGAAAGAAGAUGAAGAUCUAAAGGUGGAGCGUCGCAAGUUUAUGUUCAAUAUCGCAGACGGAGGGUUCACGGAGCUCCACACUCUGUGGCUCAACGAGGAGCGCGCCGCCGCGCCCGGCCGCGAGUACGAGAUCUGGCAUCGCCGCCACGACUACUGGCUGCUCGCCGGCAUCGUCACGCACGGCUACGGCCGGUGGCAGGACAUACAGAACGAUCUGCGCUUCGCCAUCAUCAACGAGCCCUUCAAGAUGGAUGUCGGCAAAGGGAACUUCUUGGAAAUUAAGAACAAAUUUCUAGCUAGACGUUUCAAGCUCCUAGAACAGGCGUUAGUGAUUGAGGAACAACUUCGUCGUGCGGCAUACCUGAACUUGACCCAGGAUCCGAACCACCCUGCCAUGUCGCUGAAUGCGCGCUUCGCAGAGGUCGAAUGCUUGGCCGAGUCACAUCAACACCUCAGCAAGGAGUCACUGGCUGGCAACAAACCAGCUAAUGCUGUAUUGCACAAGGUACUAAAUCAAUUGGAGGAGCUGUUAUCGGACAUGAAGUCGGACGUAUCCCGCUUGCCUGCGACGUUAGCGCGCAUCCCGCCAGUAGCGCAACGACUGCAGAUGUCGGAGAGGUCCAUCCUGUCGAGACUAGCUGCCACCGCCGGCAACCCCGUGCCAGCUGCGCAAAUGGCACAGUUCCCGGCUGGCUUCCAGUCGGGCGGGUCCCUGCCCGGGUUCUCCCCGGCGGCAGCGGCUGCGGCCAACUUCUCCAACUUCCGCCCGCAGUACUCAGUACCCGGACAACCUACUUCCAGCGGGUCCUCCAAUAAAUCAUAAGCUUCAUAAUUUAUAACAACAUAAUUCGACUUGAAAAAAUUUUGCAGUGAGCGGCUAAUUGGUCACAUAGAUGAAUUAUGUUAGAUGUAAUCUUUCCAAGAUUCCUGUUCCACCUUGGGUUUGAAGUGAUAAUCUUAGUAUAUUAGUGCAGUUAGGUAACAUAUACAAAUACUACGUCAUUUUGAUGCAGAACUCACAAUAUUAUUUAUUUCAUCCUGAUCUGUAUGAAUCUUGUUUAUUGUGUAAGUGAUUGUGGAAUUUUAAGAAAACCUAUUUUUAAUUUACCAAAAAUGAAAAUUGAAUAAAUCGUAUCGUUUAAGUGAU